UUUAGGGAUUUCAAUAUUUCCAUAUAAAUUUUGUAUCUUAGUAUUAACAUUUAUCAAUGGGCGGAAAUUGGCUAAAGAUUGCAUUUAAUUAAAUUAUAAAAUAUUCUACUGUAAUUAGUCGCUUUAUAUUUGUGAUAAUUUUUGCAGUGAAAUUAAGAUUUAAAAAUGAGUUCUUUAUCGUCGAGAUUGUUACGUAGUUUUAAUGAUUUGUGGCGUAUUAGCCCAUCACAUAUAAAGAGAAACUUUUAUGGCAGAGAAAAUGGAACUCGAAUUGAUAAUAUAAUCAAGAAACAAGAAAAUUGUUUUGCAAAACGUGACCAGGGAACGCAAAUCAAUGUGAUCCGAUCGAUGUCGGGGUGGCAGAGGAAUUAUUUCAAUUCUAGAUGCAAAAGCGAUAAGUGUAAGCAGGAUAAUCUGACGGCUGUAUUACAUGGCAUUGAAGACCUGCGUUUGGAACAACGUCCAAUACCGACAAUAUCCGACGAUGAAGUGUUGAUAGCCAUGGACUGUGUGGGUAUUUGUGGAUCAGAUAUCCAUUAUUGGGUAAACGGACGUAUUGGCCACUUUGUGUUGACCAAACCCAUGAUCAUUGGCCAUGAAAGCUCUGGCGUUAUAACCAAAGUUGGUAGCAGAGUUCGCAAUUUAGUUGUAGGCGAUCGAGUGGCAAUGGAGCCAGGCAUUCCCUGUGGCAAAUGCGAACUGUGCAAAAUUGGCAAGUACAACCUCUGUCCCGAUAUGGUCUUCUGUGCCACGCCUCCAUACGAUGGUAAUCUGACUCGGUAUUACAAGCAAGCCGCUCAUUUCUGCUUCAAGCUUCCCGAUCAUGUCACAAUGGAAGAAGGUGCUUUGUUGGAACCUCUGUCGGUUGGCGUUCAUGCCUGUCGUCGGGCUAACGUUGGACUUGGCUCCAAGGUGCUGAUCCUCGGCGCAGGAACUAUUGGAUUGGUUUCACUAAUCGCUGCACAAUCAAUGGGUGCAACGGAGAUUAUGAUAACGGAUUUGCUGCAAGAGCGUCUGAAUAUUGCCGAAGAGCUGGGAGCUACUCACACACUGCUGCUUAAGAACGAUGAUUCUCUCGAAGAAAUAUUGGAGUGCGUUCGUCAAACUAUGAAUGGAGAGCCCGACAAAUCCAUCGAUUGCUGUGGGGCCGAAAGUAGCACACGCCUCGCUAUCAUGGCAACACGAUCUGGCGGAGUUGUUGUAGUUGUGGGCAUGGGAGCAGAAGAAAUGAAGCUUCCUCUUCUGAAUGCGUUGAUUCGUGAAGUGGAUAUUCGCGGAGUUUUUCGAUACUGCAACGAUUAUGCUGGCGCUUUAGCUCUAGUUGCAUCCGGGCAGGCGAAUGUGAAGCGUCUUGUUACCCAUCAUUUUGAUAUAACAGAAACUGAAAAGGCUUUUGAAACAUCACGCUGUGGUCUUGGCGGGCCUAUCAAAGUUAUGAUUCAUGUCCAGCCAAGGGACACAAACAACCCUAUCAAAUUUUAAUUUUAGAAUCUUUUCGCAAGCUAAAAU